AUGGCGUACAUAGCUGACGUGCGAUUGAAAGCUUCUACAUUCGUGAUUGUACGGCAAACUUUGCAGGAGUUGGGAGCGCAAUAUGGAUGCCACGGUCAGACUACACUGGCUAACGCGUUGACGAAGGCCAUUGAAAACAAGCUUCGAAAAAUGACACUGGACCUCGACAGCAAUAGUGCGAUUUUUCUGACAUCCAAGAACUUUUUACUGGAAGGUCAGGGCUCCAUCGAAAUCAGUCUGGAUCCGACCGAGGCCCAAAUCAGCAUUGUUCGAUCUCUCAUCAAGGUCGUGCUCCACCAAAUCGGCAGCAAAGGUCACUACAACCUAACCGACGGACAGGAAAACCUGUUGGUAUCACUUUGUGUGGAAAGCCUGCAGGUUGAAGCGGCAGUUCCGGACACUGUAUUCUGCGACUCCCAAAUGUCAAUGGCCGAGGAGAUCAUGCAAGUUUUCAACGGAAACGGAACUUCAAGCCCCAAGGGCUUUCUGGACACCGAGAAGGCUCCACGUCAAACGCGCAAAUCCUUCAAAGUGAAGUACUAUUGCUGUUUGGAGGACUGUACUGCAGAAUCAGACUCGACUGGGAUCACCGAGGAAUUUGACAGGAUCGACAUUCACGACACUUCGACUAACUCCUGCGACGACGAAAGCACGCUUGUGGCUAUCCACCCCACAUUGUCCGAUGUGUCCAUUUCAGCAGAGACAUUGGCCCAAAGCAAAAUCCAACUUCUGCCGUCAGCAGAAUUCGAGGGACUGUGGGAGUCUCUUCAUUUCGACGGGAACAUCAAGCAGAAACUUUUCAGCUACGCUACGAUAUCGCUCAAGCUUUCCAACUUCUCCCAACAAAAGCUCUCUCAUACACUUGUAUCUAACAACAAGCUUUUGCUGGUGCAUGGCCCACCAGGGACGGGGAAGACCACUGUUUGCAAAGCACUAUGCCAAAAACUGGCCAUUCGUCACAGCGGAAAGACGCACAAGGUCUUCCAAACCAACGAAUGUCAGGCAAUCAUCGUAGAGCUGUCCUGCUCCCAAAUUUUUUCCAGAUGGUUUGGAGAAUCUGCAAAGAACCUGGGCAGAAUUUUUCAAGACGUCGAGAAUCUCCUGCUGAAUGAAUCCCACAAGAAUCGCUUCGUGUGCUUACUCAUGGACGAAAUCGAAACGCUGGCUCCAUCCAGAUCGUCGCUAAUGGGCAAAAACGAGGCUACAGAUGGUAUCCGGGUGGUCAACACUUUACUGACAAAAUUGGAUAGCCUGAAGCGCUACCACAAUUUGUUGAUAUUAGCGACUUCCAACUUGCUAAGUGCACUCGACCCAGCUUUCGUGGAUCGGGCUGACAGCGUCUUUUACGUUGGUAGUCCCUCUGAAAUCGGUACCAGCCUAAUUUUAACCUCGACCAUAAAUGAAUUGAUAAAAACCGGAGUCAUCGUGAGCAGCAUGAGCUGUUCCGUUUUGGAAACCGAAGAGAUGCGAACUUCGAUCAGCCAAAUCGCCCGGCAAUGCGUGCUAUCUGGAAUAAGCGGCAGAACACUUCGAAAACUUCCAUUAAAUUGCUUAUCUGAACACCUCUCGUCCUUGCCCGUCACGCUUCGCGAUUUCACGCUGGCUUUGGCAUUAACAGUCCAGCGAAGAGUAACAUUGGAAACUCAAGAUGUCAGCUGA